ACUCACCGACCAGGGAUUUCAUCCGACACGUAAGGAUGACAUAUCCAGGAACCACACUUGACUUACCUCGCUAUAUCCUGAAAUCCGGCGAGUGGGAUUGGAGUUUUGCUUGCUGUCGAGAACCACUGCUCGCUUGCGUGGUCGCUCUGCAAAGGUUUCCGAGUUCCGGCAACCAGGCUUAUCCAUGCCGUCAGGACACAUGAAAGAGCCUCAGAAUGGUCGAGAUUCUUUACCGACAGAAAGCACCCCUCUGUUACCAUCGAAGGCACAAGAUAUUCCGUGUCAAGGUUCCUCUGACCAGAAUGGAGAGUCGGAAGGAAUGUCUCAUGGACAUCCAGGAAGCACCUUGGGAUCUGCCGUAUUCAACCUAUCCAAUACCAUAAUCGGUGCUGGGAUAAUGGGACUUCCAGCCACUAUAAAGGUCCUGGGGAUUCCUCUUGGCCUAACAGUGCUCGUCAUAAUGGGAGCAAUGAACGAGUACUCUCUUCAGCGGCUUCUCAGAAGCACAGCAGCAGCUAAAGCAUGGUCCUUCGGCGAUCUCAUGGCUGCUACGCAUGGAAGAGUGGGAAGGAUGUUGCUCCGAACGAGCAUCUUUAUCAACAACACGGGCAUCCUCCUUAUAUACCUUGUCAUCAUAGGCGAUGUGCUGUCCGGUUCAGACGGUGCGGAUGGAGAGCACUACUCUGGGCUAUUCGAGGAGUGGGCCGGAGGUCCCACCUGGUGGAACAGCCGCCUGACAGUGCUCGCUGCCUCCAUUGUCGCUGUUAUCGGGCCUCUUGCCGCUCUUCCAGACAUAGAUUCCCUCUGGUUCACAUCAGGGCUGUCAGUCCUGCUGGCAGUUGUUUUUGUCGUCGUCACAAUCCUCAUUACUCUGUACAAGCUAGUCGAAGGGACCAUUGAUUGGUCUGGAGUGCACUGGCUUCCUCAGCUGAAGACGUCACAGGAGUACUGGCACCUCCUCUCUGUCAUCCCCACCAUGGCAACAGCCUUCACUUGCCACUACAACAUGCAUCCUAUUUUGGUGGAGCUAAAGCCACCUCGAGAAGAAAAAAUGCACACUGCGAUACAGAAGACUUUCGUUAUUUGCACGAGUGUAUAUGCGGUCACAGCUCUCUUUGGUUACCUCCUUUUUGGUGAAGCGACUUAUGCUGACGUUCUUGCAAAUUUCGACACCGACCUUGGGAUUCCUGGAAGCUGCUACUUGAAUGACAUUGUCCGGCUUUUCUAUGCCCUGCACUUGAUGCUGGUUUUUCCUGUGAUUCACUUCUCACUUAGGUCUACUGUAGGAUCGGUGCUGUUUCCGCAUUCAGCCCCCCUAAAGCAUGAUCCUUGUGGGUAUAUAUUCACAACGGUUUUGCUGCUUGGGGCCAUUCUUGCAGCUUCGCUCUAUGUCCCGGGAAUUCAAUCGGCCUUCGAGCUAGCAGGGUCAACAGGAGCAGCCAUCAUUGCCUUCUGCUUCCCUGGAAUGGUAGCACUAAGUGAGAGAGCUGGGGGUUUGGCGGCAUCUGCUACUCAAAGGGCUGCUGCCUGGUUCUUGCUUCUCCUAGGACUUGGUGUGUGUUUUACAGGUCUUGCUGACAGUGUCCAUUCAUUUCUACGAAAAUAGAAGACACACCAUUACAGUAACGCCUCCUACCCUGUCCUCAUACAAAUGGCGAUUUGCUGGUUUCCGACUCUUUUGUCAGGCAUAU